GUGACGAGAUGGCUGAAGGCCUAUGGACGUCCACGUCAGAAGGCAAUGAUCAUCGCGGGGCUGGGUCACGUGAUGUGCCAUCCCGCCAAGAGCAACCAUCCGUGGGAUGGCAGGACGCCUUGGGAUGGCAGGACUAGAAGCAAUGAGGAUAUAAGGAUGGAUGGAUUUCAUUAUUUACUCUCGUUGUGGUCAACUCAAAUUGUACUUUCUUACUAG